AGAAGGAGGAGUGGAGGAUGAAGAAGGGGAGGCAGUGGAUGUGAUGAUGGAGAGGAGGGAGACAGGAGUUGAGGGGGCCACAGACGAAGCAGCAGCCUGAGCUUUUGCUUUCCUGUGAGAAAGAAAAUAGAUGACAUAAAUAUAUUAGACACUACGUUUGGGGAUUGAACGAAUGAGUGUCGAGACGUGUGAGUAAAUCAGAGGUAAUAAAAAAAACAACUUACUCAAAUGCAACAAUCUUGGGUUUAACCCAGGGAGCUCUCACAUAACUGCAGAAAAGACUUGACUUUGUUUGAAAGCUGCAGGGAUGACAACAAAUGCAACGUUAGUACUGUCCAGACUCUUUCUCUUGGUAUAGUAUUAAUAUUCUGUGUUGUGGAUAGGGCUGGGCAAUAAUUCAAUAUGAUAAUUUAUUUAUGAAAUGAUAUAUCAAGAUAUCGUGAUAUACAAAUACGUUGUCUAAAUUGAUAAUAAUCACAUACUAACUUAUUCAGAAAAUCUGUUGUGAAAAAUUUUGAGGAAAUCUAAUUUACAUUUGUUUUAACAUCACAAUAUUUUUUAGCAUGCAUGUAAACAUAGUCAGUAUAUAGCUGGACAUUUUUUUUUCUCUAUAAUUUCACUUUAUACAACAUUAUUGAAAAUGUUAUUGUAAAAGAUAUUUUGUGUAAGCACCUAUUGUCAACCCUACGAUAUCGUUGCAAUAUCAAUAUCGAUGUAUUUGGUCAAGAAUAUUGUGAUAUCUGAUUUUCUCCAUAUCGCCCAGCCCUAACUAUAGAUAUGUCAGUUUAUGGCAAAUGCAAAGAAAUAAAGUUGAAAAGCGAAAUUAUUACAUAAAGCGUUGCUCUUUGUACUUACAUGACAGCUUGGACACAUGGAGCGUUAGCUCGCUGCACCAAGUAUCCUAAGAUUGGCUCGGUUAUCUCCUGGCUGGUGACUUUGGUACAGCAGGAUGCCAGCUUCUCUGCUAACAAUGGAUGGAAACAUAAAAAAUAACAUAAGUAUUUUAACUGGCUCACUGGAGGCAAAGCUCUUGUACUUUGUUUCUAAAUCUUAAUCUCACCUGCCGAUCCCGACUGAAACAUAGCCACUAGGACGAUGACGACCAGCGCACUCUUCAACAUGCUUCCACAGUUUUCCAUCUUCAAAAAAUGAAUGAUAAAUAUGAGAUUAAAUGGAUAAAUACUGAAUAAAUUAAUCUCUGUUGGUCUUUCUUCUCCAGAGAGCUUGAUGAACUGACAAACGUCUGGAGACGUCGAUACUUAAAGGCCCGAAAAAGCAGAAGCAGUCCCUCCGGCUUUUACUUGAGAGGACAGAUUAGACGUGAAAAGGGGGAGAGAGAGGAAAUGACAUGCAGCAAAUGGCUGCAGGUCGGAAUCAAACCUGCAGAUGCUGCGGCAAGGACUGAGCCUUUGUACGUGGGGUGCACGCUCUACCAGGAUCCAGCACCCAGUCUUCAAAGUCUUCUAAGUUUCAGUGAAAAAAAGUGCAGCGAAGGAGGUCGAGAAGAAAAAGAUUGUGGAGGUUCACUGGCUGGUGGUUCUGGUAUCUUGAGAACAUCAUACACAUGUGGGAGCUUCCCAGUUCAACCUGUUCCUGCUGCUGGCCCCUGAGAUAACUAAAACACUUGGAUGUAAAGUUCCUCCUCAAAAAAUUUUAUUGAUGCAGGUAAUCUGCUGCAGGACCCCAUCGCUCCCACCGACUCAUCAUGUCAGCAUUACGUCUGUCGAGGCUGUAAGGGUCAGAGGAUGCAGCUGAAGCCGUCCUGCAGUUGGUGUAAGGACUAUUCCCGCUUUGAGGAAAACCGGCAGCUCUCCUUGCUUGUCCACUGUUACAGGAAGCUCUGUCUCUACAUCACGCAGUCGCCGCUUGCCCCGCACAUAGCCAGCGCCGCCAGCGAAUCGCCGGACCUCCAGGCCAUCCUCAACGAGGGCCUCACGUUGGCCGAGAGCGAGCCGGAAGCCGAGGACAUCACGGAUUCGGCCAGCCUGUCGCAGACCGCCUCCAACUCCGAUGGCGCCCAGCCUGACGAAGCGCCGCUUACCAGGGAGCUCAAGGUGGAGCAGACGAGCCCCGUCGGUGUAAACGGGCUGCACGAUUGUAACGGUCUGCUCAGUUCGGACUCUCUGCAAUCCAUCACCGUAGAAACAGGUGGAGGUGUUGAAAAGCAGGAGAGCUUUUCGGAGGAGAUCCCGGUGUGUGUGAGCCUCACGGGGGAGGCGGGGCUCUGUGAGAUCAGCACUUUGGGGGAUGACCUGAAACAUGGCGGGGGGCCGUUGUUGUUAAGCGUUGAGGAGGUACUCAGGACUCUGGAGACGGACACUGACCCUGAUCCCUCCCCCCAGCCGGACUGCCCCCCCUCUGUACCUCAGUCCAGCCUCAAUGGGCCUCAUUGUCCUGGCUCGGACUCCUCCCACUUUAUCCCCUCCCUCCCCCGAGGGAACAGCCCUCGCCCCCUCCAACCUCACCCGCAGCCCUCGCUGCAGCCUCCUCCUCAGUCCUCCACGGUCACCCCCCAGGUUGCCCCUCGGUACCACCGUAAGCGCUCCCGCUCAGAAAGCGACAGCGAGAAGGUGCAGCCCCUCCCCAUCUCCAGCCUUUUAAGCGGGCCUCCCCUCGGUGCCAACAGCUCCCCCCAUCACCCUAACCCCGGUGCCACCACCAAACAGGAGCCUAAGUUCCCCGCAGCCACGCCCCACCCACAGCUGGCGCCGCUGCCAAAUGGUGGUCCCCCCAAAGUGGGCAAGACUGUGCUCAUCACAAACAAGGGGCUGAAGAAGACUGUGGAGCACCACGGGGGCCCCAAGAAGGCUUACACCAAAGCCAGGCAAGGGACCCCCAAGCCCCGCACACAACCCCGCGACAGAGUGCCCCCACACCCUCACGCUCACCCCCUGACACACCCACCCAGCCCAUCAAAGCCACUGUAUAAAAAACCAGUAGAGAAGAAGGGCUGCAAGUGCGGCCGGGCCACACAGAACCCCUCGGUGUUGACCUGUAGGGGGCAACGCUGCCCCUGCUACUCCAACCGCAAGGCGUGUCUGGACUGCAUCUGCCGCGGCUGCCAGAACUCCUACAUGGCCAACGGAGAGAAGAAGCUGGAGGCCUUCGCCGUGCCAGAGAAAGCUCUGGAACAGACUCGCCUCACGCUCGGCAUCAACCUCACCAGUAUCACCGCGGCGGCCCUCCGUAGCCCGGCCACCAGCUCCCCCAGCGCCCUCCUCAACGUCACCACGGCUACAGGGGCGCCCGUCACGGCCACCUUCUUAUCGGGGGCGGGGCACGACAACAGGGGCUUUGACGAUUCACUGGAGAUGCGGUUUGACUGCUGAGGUCUCCCCCUAGCCCCUCCCCCUACUCCGGUCGGUCGUUACGCACAUUCCCCGCCCCGCCAGCUGGGCGUUAUCCAGCUGGGCGUGCCAGGGACCUGCGGCGUCGGAGCCAGAACAAGGCAGCUACAGUGACCGGCGAUAGCAAGGGUCACCAGCGGAAGCUGGGGGAGUCGCCCUGCGUCCAUCGCCCCAAACUGCACCAUGCUUGUGGUCUUGCAUACAGAUACAGUGUGGAAGAGAAGGAGAAAGAGGAGAUGUUGCGUUACUGUAUGUGCAGAGAUUUCCUUUCAAUGGGGAUAGUUUCUCUUUUUUUUUUCUUCUCUACUAUGGGUAAAAUGUAGAGCAUGUUGUGUAGCUACGUUGGGUGUGUGUGUGUGUGUGUGUGUGUGUGUGUGUGUGGGGGGGGGGUGUGCGGCUGCGUGCGUGUGGAGAUGACCCUUAUUAGCCGGAACGAAGAUCAUCAUCAGAGACUGGUGUAAUUUAUAUAAAAGAGAGAACUUUUUGUACGUGGACGUAUCGGUUUCCAUUAAAGAAGACAUUUUAUGAUAUAUUUUAUAAGUUACAUUAAAGACCAAUGGAAGAUAGUGCAGGGGCAGACCUGCAUUCAACCAGAAGAUUUUCACACAGGUAAAAAGGUAGAUUGCAUUUUUUUUUCUCAGUUCUCCUCUCGACCUCUAGAAGUAAAACAAAGACCCUUGAAGAAGAACAACAACAACAACAACAACAACAACACAACCUGAAGAUAACUGCUCCAAGUUAAAAACCUCUACCGUGUUAACAUUUUUGAUAUCUUUUGCUGUAAGAACCGGGAAGUGAUUUUUAACACCACCAGCCAAAUGUAAGUUUCCGUUUUGUCUGUUGAAUGUUUAUACUCUGUGAGCCACUGUCAGACACCCAAACAUUGUUCUAAGAUGUUAUUGUAUACUUAAAAAACACUGAUAACAUGGUGAAUUUUGGAGUCAACCAACCAUUGUGGCUGGUGGAGGACAAAACGUCUGUCCCUGGUUGUUUGAUAUGUGUCAAGGAUGUGAGUUAACCUCUUUAAUAAUUUGUGUGUUCCUGUAUUAAGCACUUUUUCCACUUUUCUACACUGGCCACCAAAUUUCUGGUCUGUUCUCUCUCUCUCUCGUGUUUAAAGCUCUGGUUGAUUGCAGGCCCUGCACAUUUUUGUUAUUCACAAGUUUUUGGUUUCUGGAAGCUACACACAUGCUGCUAAAUACCACAAAGGACACUAGAAGGAGAGCACACCUGUUUUCCUUGUCUUUUGUUCUGUUUUUGUUUUUAAUAAGUUGCGUUAACAGCAUUUGCAGUAUUUAUUGGACGUCUGCUAACAUAGGUUACGGGCCAGGCGUCAGUCCGGCCCACUCUGCCUGUCAAGUGUCGAUCCAGUCUGGACUAUUUCUGUCUCUGUUAAGUUGCUGUCUCCCUUCUCCUUAGUGUUAGUCUCCAAACAUUUCUUUGUUAUCCAUCGGGGGCAUUUAAAUACCUGUAAUAUAUCUGUAACAUAUUUCCACAAAAAAGAAAGAAAAUCAAAAACUUAA